CCAAUCUGUACAGCAAUUUAUUCUGGAGAAUGAAUGAAGAAGCAAAAUGAACUUUAAAAAGGAUUUCUACUUGAUUACUUUUCCUGUUUACUCCAGUGAAUGCUUUUUUUCCAUCCAAACUGUAGCAGGAUUAAUAUGUCCAAUCCCAAGCCUUAAGGGAGGUUUACAAGUGAAUGUAACUGUUUCCCUGGAUACAAAGAAUUAUGUAGCAUAGUCAGAAGCAUUUGAAACUACACGUAUAUUGCCUCCAGCUCAAUCUUCUCACCAAUUCAACAACAUUCAGCAAAUAUGUUCUUCACAGCACAACUCUUAUUUAAGAGUUAUUUGGGGCUUCCCUGGUGGCUCAGUGGUUGAGAAUCCGCCUGCCGAUGCAGGGGACACGGGUUCGUGCCCCGGUCCGGGAAGAUCCCACAUGCCGCGGGGAAGCUGGGCCCGUGAGCCAUGGCCGCUGAGCCUGCGCGUCCGGAGCCUGUGCUCCGCAAUGGGAGAGGCCACAACAGUGAGAGGCCCGCGUACCACAAAAGGAAAAAAAAAAAAAAAAGAGUUAUUUGGACUCUUCCUCUUCCCUUCCUUUUAUAAACAGGUCAGUCCUAAAGGUAAGGCAGAGCAAGGUAAGUGUCUACACCAGUGGGAGCUGAGGGGCAGCUGAGGAGGCCCAGGACCUGGAACGAGGUGUAAGAACUUGAGUGGGUGAAGAGGGAGUCCACACACCAGAGAGCAGCUUGGCACAGGAUGUCAGAGCCCAUGAAAGUGAUCAGAAAUGAGUGAACAAUCAGAAAAAAACAAUUCCACGCAAGAGAGACAUGCAGGUCAAAGUUCUCCUGAGAAAAACUGUCAAAUCGGACAGAAGCAACUGCAACAGAUAGAGCGACAGUUAAAAUGCUUGGCAUUUCAAAAUCCCGGACCACAGGUAGCAGACUUCAAUCCCGAAACAAGGCAGCAGAAAAAGAAAGCACGAAUGUCAAAGAUGAAUGAGUAUUUUUCUGUAAAGUACAAAGUUAUGAAGAAGUAUGACAAAAGCGGCAGGCUCAUCUGCAACGAUGCUGACCUGUGCGAUUGCCUGGAGAAGAACUGCCUGGGCUGCUUCUACCCCUGCCCCAAGUGUAACUCCAACAAGUGUGGCCCUGAAUGCCGCUGCAACCGCCGCUGGGUCUACGAUGCCAUCGUCACUGAGUCUGGGGAGGUCAUCAGCGCGCUGCCCUUCAACGUUCCCGACUAGGAGCUACCCUCGUGGGCUGAUCGGUUUCUUCUUUACAUUUAAGGCAACCUCUUUCUCUUGGGUGAAUUUUAGGGCUGGGGGAAAAUGUUUAAAAAAAUGUACUUAAGACUCAUGUUCUGCGAAGCCAUAGCACAGUAUGGAAUGGGCCAUCCUUCUCUAACCUUCCUGCUGUGACCUCUCAAAUCCCUCUCCUUGCAACCCAAGAGAGUGUCCAUAGAUGGAUAUCGGCACCGACACCUCCAUCGCUACUUUGCUCUCAGAUUUAAAAUCCCUUUCCUCUUUGCUGGUAUCUUAGGAAAUGGAGUCUGAAGAUCUUCAGAAUUCUGUAGCUGGGAGCUUGUCUUGACAUAGAACAUAGAAUCACACGUUUAUAAUAGCUAGUUACCCUUAGAAUCCUACACAUCACUAGUUCUAAAUCAGAAUUGUUAUUUGGCUUGAAAAAAACAAAACCUUGUGACUUGGCAUGCAUACCCACAGUCUCAUUUUUUAAUUGUUGAUAUUUUAAUAAUAUUAAAAUGAAAUGUAAUA